AUGGUGGGCCGACCAAGCAAGAAAGCCAGGUUCUCACGCUAUGUGGAUGUCAGUGAGGCUCAUCCUGCACCUGCUUAUGAGCGUUUCCAUUCCUAUGGCAUACAGCAUGAUGGGGAGAUGUCUGUUGACACUACAUAUGUACUUUCUCAACCCGCCGAUGAAGCACCAGCUCACUCCUCAUCUCCUAUCUUACCAACUGUCGAUGAUUGGAACGAACCUGAUUAUCAAGAGCCCGACUCAGAGUUUGACACACUACAGGAAUCUGCACAGAUACCAAAGAAGAAAAGGACUGCUGCAGAAAAUCCUUUGUUGCAAUGGCUGCCCAAACACUCCCAUUUCUUAGAUGAGAUAAUCUGUCUUGAAGGAUGUGGUCAUGAGGGGACACUUCUGAAUUGCCGUUGUGGAACCGAGGACACCAUACAUCUUUACCAUUGUAGAGAUUGUUUUGGGGUCGAAAUGGUCUGCCAGAUGUGUGUUGUUGACCGUCACUUAAGCAAUCCACUUCACCACAUAGAUAUGUGGAAUGGCAGCUUCUUGGAGAGUAUUAUGUUAAAGGCUCUUGGACUGCACGUGCAGCUCGGACAUACCCCUGGCGAGCACUGUUACAAUGCUCAGCCAGUAUCUUGUGACGAAUUCACAGUAAUUGAUGCACACGGCAUCCACGAUGUCGCAGUCGACUUCUGCGGAUGCGAAACUGCACAGAUCCACUACAAGCAACUUCUACGAGCUCGGUGGUUUCCAGCUACUACAACUGACCCACGGACAGCGGCAACCUUCAGCAUCUUGGAAUUAUUUCAUUUACUCUCCUUCAAAUCGAAAGUAUCCACAUACGAAUUCUACCACAGUUUAGCAAGACGCUCAGACAACAUGGGAAUCUCGCCAAUUAAGGAUCGUUACUCAGUGUUCAUGCGAAUGAUGCGAGAAUGGCAUCAUGUCUUGCAACUUAUGCAUGCUGGUCGUGGCCAUGAUCCCAAUGGUAUUGAAGCCACACAAGAUGGCAGGUGUGUUGUACCAUGUCCGGCAUGUCUGCAUCCAGGAAUGAAUAUUCCUGAUGGAUGGGAGGAUUUGCCAUCCAACAUUAGGUGGCACUAUGUGUUAUUCCUCGCGAUCGAUGUGAACUUCCAGCUCAAGUGCAAGGCUAUCUCUAGUGAUUAUCGUGACCCGAGUCUCAAUUCAGGAUGGGCUUAUUUUGUGAAAGAACAUGCUUACAAGCAGUUCUUGUCUGAACGAAGUACAGAACAGCAAGAGAGAAGCACCUGCGUGAGUCACAACGUGGUGAAUGCAGCAGACACCAAGGUAUCCCGAGGUCUUGCAGCCACAGGAGUUGGGCAUGUUGCAACUAGUACGAGGGAGAUGGGGCCUGGCAACCGUCGUGACACACUCGAUGAUCACUUCAGUGAUUGGAACUGGAAGAAAACAACGAUGCUGGGGCAGACUUUACUGCGCAAACUCAACGAGGCUACUGUGGCUGCUCAAGCCCAUCAAGACAAACUUACAGAACUUGAAGGGGCAAUCAACACAUCAACAAUAGUGUUAUGGCAGGCUGAUGUAGAGGUGUGGGAGGAAGACAGUACCAAACCAAAUCCCUUUGAAAGCUGA